AUACGCACAGGAAGUGGUUGAUGUUACUCAAUGUACAGCACUUCUUACGGUAAUUCUGACCAGUAUACCACUUGUGCUCUGCGGUGUGAACAUUAUCAGUAAGCAACCGGUUAUUAUAAAAGUGCAGUUCAUAUUUAUGGCUGGGACUGCGUUUCUGGAGGUUUUCAUGUGUGUGUUGCCAGCUGAUGUCAUGUUGGACGUGAGUAGUAACACUGUCCGAAAAGUGUACGAAUCGACUUGGUACGCACAGACUGUGAAAAUGCAGAAAAUUGUCCUUCUCGCGUUAUUACCUCAGAAGCCAUUAACCAUCAGUUUGGGGUUCAUCGUUCCGGUUCUGUCGCUGAACUUUUAUUGCUCGUACGUUUCAAAUGCAUUCUCCAUAUUUACUGUUUUACGGCUGGUAUUGAACGAGCACGCUGAAAGUUGAAUACGCACAACUAAUGUUAUUUUAUAGACUGCUGGUUGAUUAGCAGUAGAUCGAAGUAUAUAUCGAUGUUAAUGAAAUGUAUCUUAAAAUACGUAAUUGAAAUAGAAUUAUAGAACCAAUCAACACUUUCAUCCGUUCUCCAAGAUCUAUCUAUUUCAGUAUAGAAAUAGAACUGGCUUGUCGUGAAAUCCAAUCGUCUGGUACGAAAUGCAGAGAUGCAUAAUGCAGAGAAGCAAUAGGUGCAGAAAUAGAAAUGGUACAACUAGUUAUACAUGUAUAUAGUCGUGCAGUUCUGUUUCCUUAUGGUACCGACUUGCCAUGGUUGGAUAACGUUGUACGGUAUCGAUUGCUGGUACGAUACCACCGAACGAUAAGCUCAAUUUUGCUGACAGUCGAGAGGAAUAAUUUCAUAAAUUCUAUCAAUUUUGAAUUAGACGUUCAAUGAAAUUUUUUGUAUACGACUCGACUAAAGUCCCAAAACGACUCGAAAUGUUUCACACGAUAAAAAUUUUGUUCAUCUCAGCUAGAGGUCGCUUCGAUAUCACAUCCAACGUUAUCGAGCCAGAAUGGAAUGAGACUUCAGCACUAUCGCCGGUAGGAAUUAUUAUACAAACAUCAUUGAAGUAAAUUACUAUCCCGCAGUAAAUUGGGUUUUGCAACAUACGAAAGCCUUGCAGAAAAAUUCACUUUUGAGAUGCAGAAUGCUCCUGUAAAUUUUGUCACGUAGAAAUUUUCAUUGCAAAGAAGUGUAGUUGUCUAUCUUGGGCAACGUUGCUUUAAACGAAACACUCCAUUAGCUUGGACCACUAUGCAACAUUUUCCACAUUUUUAUCUAAACCCUUUCUUCGGUAGUAUAAAGAGAACACUUUGUAACAGGCUCUUAAAAUCGCUCGGAUUCUACUAAAUCGGAGAACGUGCAGCAUUCUCACGAGACGAUAAAAUUGUUAUAACCAGCAAUGAAUCUUGAUUACACGGCAUGCUGGACUGCGCGUAAUUUAUUAACGUUAUCUACCGUUCGAUGAUGUUCGCGAUAGCAACUCCAGGUCGAUUUUAACCGGGAAUUAUCAUCCUUUUAUGAGAAGAAAUUGAUUCGAGAAACAAGAUUACUUUGUUUCCAAGUUCUACGGACCUGGCGAAACGCGGGAAAAAUUUUCUCUCUCGAAGAUUUUCAAAAUUGUGCAUGAGCAGAGAGAUUAGAAAGUAAAGUUCUGUGUUCUGCUGUCGCAAAGACAUUUAAUAGCGAUGGGGUUCCACGUGAC